CUGAAAAUUGCAAGUAAUGAACAAAUCCUCCAAUCAAAAGGAUAAUUGCGUUUCCAGAAUAAAUAAAAUAGGUCUCCCAGGAAGGUAUCUGAUCAGUUAUACUGUGAAAUGUGAAUUGGAACGUAAUAAACAAACAUGAAAACUGUUAUCGUGGUUGCUUUCAUCUGUAAAUUGCUUCAACAGUCCAUAGUGACUGGCGAAGAUAACGCUUGCAAAAAUGGACCACCAGUCAACAAGGGUUUAUGGGAUUGCUGCAAUAUGCCAAACUUAAUCGAUCAAGAUAUACGGACGGAAUGCCAACAAAAGUACGGCGAACAGACUGUGAAACAAGCAAAAUUGGAAGGAACACCCCGUGGAUGCUGCAUUGCCGAAUGCCAACUGAACGCAACCGGGCUCUACGCAGACGGAAUGGUCGAUCGGGAAGCGAUGACGUCGAUGUUCAUGGAUGCGGUCAAGGAUGCGCCCGAGUGGCAACCGAAGGUUCGUGAUCUGCUGGACGAAUGCUUCCGACGGGCCGAAGCCAACAAGGACGUCAUUGCAGCCGGUGCCAUGCUGGAGCCGAGCUUCGAGGGGGAAAAGAUCUGCCACCCAAUUUCGGGUGCGAUCAUGCGGUGCAUGAACAAGAACCUUUACGUCAUGUGCCCGAUGGAAAACUACUACGAAAGUCCGGAGUGUAAUCAAUUGAUGGACUUCUAUAGAAUGUGCAAUGGACAAUGAAGAUAAUUCAUAAUAAUUGAUUAGUGGGACAUAGAAUUUUCUGGUAGAAUAAAAUCCUUUAACGAUCGCAAAAUAGCAAAGGAUCCUUAAUGCUAUUUUUGAUCUUAAUUCUGAAUAAUUUUUGGGAAAGACUUAUUUACUACUAGGUGGAUUAUGCUUGGGCACAUAGUGGUUGGGAGAAUACAUGUUCCACUGAUCAUCAUGUGAAUUACUUGCUUUUGGUUGCCGUCAAACUUCCCACUAAUUUAAAAUACAAUUACAUAAUUAUGUAGCCAGACAUCCAAUAACGUGCA